AUGUGGUCAUUUGAGAAAGCUCACCUCAGCAUGGUUCAGAUAAUCACCGGACAACUUGUCGAGUCCUUCGAUGAAGAAUUUAGAACUCUGUAUGCCAGGUCCUGUGUGCCCAGUUCAUUUGCUCAAGAAGAAUCAGCACGAGUGAAGCAUGGCAAAGCACUCUGGGAAAACGGCACUUGCCAGCGCUCCGUUGCUUCAUUAGCUUCCAUUUCCAGCCAAAGAAACCUUUUUGGUCGACAAGACCAAAUUCAUAAACUAGAUUCUAGUUACUUCAAAAACAGAGGGAUCUAUGCUCAAAAUGAACAUGACAAAUAUAACAUCAGAAAUCAUGGCUACAAACCUCAUUUUGUUCCAAACUUCAGUGGUCCAAAUACAAUGCGUCAGUUUCAACCUACUCAGAUCAACGAAAACUGGAAAAGGCACAGCUACGCCGGGGAACAGCCAGAAACGACGCCAUACCUCCUGCUUAGCAGAGCGCUGAAUAGAACCAAUAACCCACCUGGCGGUUGGAAAAGGCCUCCGGACAGCCUCAGCGUGGCAUCCUCGUCGCGGGGGGGCGGUGCGAGCCGCAGGAACACACCUGCCCAGAGUUUCGCCGACCGCCUCGCCCAGCGGAAGACAAACCUUGCAGACAGGAACUCCAACGUGCGGAGGUCUUUUAACGGCACAGAUAACCAUAUCCGCUUUUUGCAGCAACGAAUGCCAACCCUUGAGCAUACCACGAGGUCAUUCCUACGGAACUGGAGAAUUGAAUCCUACUUGAAUGAUCAUUCCGAAGCUACGCCUGACCCAAAUGGAUCGGCUUUGGCUGAACGAUUUGAGGGCUGUGACAGUCUGGAGAAUUUGAAAGCCAGUGCCCUUUAUACUCACUCUCGGCUUCGUUCCUCUUUUGUAUUUAAACCAACUUUACCUGAGCAACAGGAAGUUAGCAGUUGUACAACUGGCUCCUCAAAUUCAACUAUCAUUGGUUCCCAGGGAAGUGACACACCUAAAGAGGUCCCAGACACCCCUACAAGUGUGCAGCCUUUGACAGACAAACCCGGGCCAGAAGCGAUCCCCAAGCUCCCUUCACAGUCAGAGGCAUCAAAAAUGCACACCUUGCAGGUUCCCGAAAACCGUUCAGCAGCCUUAAACCAAACUACAAAUGGCCAUGCAGAAUCAAACAACUAUAUAUAUACAACCUUGUGUGUAAAUAAGCCGACAGAAAAUCUAAAGAAUCAACAAAAUGAGCAUCUACUUAAAAGGCGAAGUUUCCCAUUCUUUGACCACUCAAAAGCCAAUUUAGAUCACGGCAAUAGUAAGCAUUAUGUAUAUAGUACACUUACCAGGAAUCGAGUGAGACAACCAGAAAAACCCAAAGAAGAUUUGCUAAAAAGUGCCAAAAGCAUGCACAAUGUGACACGUAACGUGGAAGAGGAGGAGGUUAUCGAGAGAGAACCCCCAAGUGGCACCACUCCCAAAUCAGUUUCCAUCGCUGCUUUGCUUGAUGUGAAUAAGGAGGAACCCAACAAAGAAUUCACUUCCAAGAAGGAAGUUAAGGGUUCCCCAAGUUUUUUGAAAAAGGGAUCUCAGAAGUUAAGGUCGUUACUUAGCCUUACCCCAGAAAAGAAAGAAAAUUUAUCCAAAAAUAAAGCACCUGCCUUUUAUAAAAUGUGUAGUAGCUCUGACACCUUAGUUUCUGAGGGUGAAGAAAAUCAAAAACCGAAGAAAUCAGAACCAAAAGUUGAUUCAUCUCCUAGAAGAAAGCGUUCUUCCUCAUCAAACUCCCAAGGCAGCAUCCACAAGAGUAAGGAAGAUGUAACGGUUAGCUCCUCUCAGGGAAUAAAUUCAGAUGAAGGUAAUAAAAUAAUACCUUCCCCAGGUCCAGUUGAAAGUAAGUCCUUGGAAAGGGCAGGAGAUGCUUCUGCCCCGAGAUUUAACACGGAACAAAUCCAAUACCGAGAUUCAAAAGAGAUAAAGGCAGUUGUUGCUCCUGAAAGAAGACCGACUUCUUCUCCAAGGCUGAAGCCCAAUGAGCUUCUACGAUCUCAUUCGACUGACCGACGAGUUUACAGUCGUUUUGAACCAUUUUGUAAGAUUGAGAGCUCCAUUCAGCCAACAGGCAACAUGCCAAAUACCAGUAUAAAUCGCCCAGAAAUAAAAUCUACAACUAUGGGCAACAGUUAUGGCAGGUCCAGUCCAAUGCUUAAUUACAACACUGGUGUUUACCACUCAUAUCAACCAAAUGAAAACAAGUUUCGAGGAUUUAUGCAAAAGUUUGGAAACUUCAUACACAAAAAUAAAUAAAAUACUAUAA